AUGGGUCGGAGAAAGAUCGAGAUCAAGGCGAUCAAGGAUGACCGCAAUCGCUCAGUGACCUUUCUCAAGCGAAAGGGCGGUCUCUUCAAGAAAGCACAUGAGCUUGCGGUUCUUUGUUCGGUCGAUGUCGCUGUCAUCAUCUUCGGUCACAACAAGAAGCUCUAUGAGUUUUCGUCCUGUGACAUGCGCGAGACGCUCACUCGAUAUCAAUAUUUCGGUCCUCCUCAUGAACACAAAGGUCCCGAAGACUUUAACGGCAAACGCGACGAUGACGACGAUGAAGAUGAGACGACUCCUGCCCCCGAAGAUAUACAUCCGACGCCUCCCAAUCCUCCCAUGAUCCCCGCUCAUAUUCCCGGUCACCCUGGCUUCCAACACGUCAAUCACGCCCCGUCCGCAUCCCCACCCAUCCCGAACGGGAUGCCCUUCGAUCCCCGGCACGGUACCCCUCAACCACAAGGUGUCUCGAGACCAUCGUCAAGGAAUCAUUUGCGUCGCGUCAGCUCGAAUAUCGGCCCUCAACAACAUCAUGCCACUCCGCCGCCCCCUCCACCCCCGCCGCAAAACGGUUUCGCAUACAUGCCCAAUCCGUCCGUUUAUAACCCAGCAGUUGCCCACGCAAUGGCGCAACCUCCGCGUCCCGGCCAAUAUGCGCAUUACGGACCACCGGGGCCACAUCACCAGCCCGGGCCACCUCAGCAUCAGCAUCCACCCAUGCCGGCGCAGGCAAUGCCCCCGCACACGAUGGCGCCUCAAUCAAUGCCGCAGCACCUCGCACCACACCCGCACGCUAUGACUCCGCAACCGCCGCCCAUGGCCAUCUCACAAGCGCCGCAUCACCCACCCGUACCACAGGUCGCCCAAGCAUUUAUCGCAGAACAUGGACGAGCUUCCAUGCCCCCUACAUUUGCGCAACACGAGCCGCAACCGCAACCGCAACCGCCGCGGACGGUAUCACUUCCCGACGCAACCGCUGCCGAGCAGAUGCCGGGUCCCAUGAAGACGGAAGGAAGCCCUUCGCCUCCGCACCAAAGAUCUAUAUCAUCUAAGUCGCGCAGUAUCUUCACCCCGAUCGACGACCGCGGCUCAGUUUUAGCACGUCACUUUGGUGUAGGCCCGCCCACAUGUGAAUCGGGAGAAAAUGCCCAGCUCAAGGCGGAGGCUCCGGUGGGAGACAACCUUGAUGUAAAGCCAUCUAAACCACCUGCAGUCAAGGCAGGGAAGGCCGGAAAGGCGCCAGCUGCUCGAGCUGCGACCGAAGCGCCACGCCCACAGCCUGUAGCAGACCUAAAGCCCCCGGCACGAACCAACAACGGCCAAUUACCCCCUAAGCGCCCGCAGCUAAAGGUGCAGAUCCCGAGCGAAAACUCAGAUAGAGGCAGUGCGACGGGUGAAUCGUCGUCCCGCGACUCGGCGGGCAAUAAGACGUUGACGCCGGCCAAAGCCAAUCCGGACACUAAUCAUUCGGGCGUGGUUCUUCCCCCACCAUCGCCAUCGGCCGGCGCGAUCCUUAGCGCGGGGGCUCAGGGACCGCCGAACCCGUUCGCCAGACCACCUCCGCCCCCCGGGCCGGCCGCCCAGAACAAUGCCGCCUACAAUAACAACAGCAACAUCGAUACCCCGAUUUCAGCUCUCCCCAGUCGAUUUGUCUCGGACGCACUUUUACCCUCACCUUCCAGCUUCUUUCCUGAAUGGGGUUUUAAUCGCUCGGGUCCAGACAGCAACAUGCUCCCUAGCCCCUUGACGUUCCCGACUCCCGCCGUGCAGUCCGGGCCCGGCUUCGGACGCGAAGAGAACGAUCAAGAAAAGAAGCGCAAAAGCCCGGACAGCGGACCCAACGCAGAAGGGGUGAUGAAAAAGCCGAAGACAUGA